CCCCCUCUCUCUCCGCGUCUCCGCCUCUAAUACCGAUUCCUAAAUCUUUCUCUAUCCGAAAUUCCGAAUCCAAUCAGCCAUCAAACAUGAAUCUGCCGGGGGAUUCCGCCGGCGGAAGCACACCACCGUCGUCGAAAAAGCAGCUUCAACUCCAGGGGCCACGCCCACCUCCUCUCAGAGUCAGCAAAGAAUCUCACAUAAUUAAGAAACCACCGCUGCCACCACAUGCUGCCGCCGUCGCCACCCACCAACAUCCCCGCCUCUCGCCUGACGAUGCCAGCCAGCAGCGGCAACCGGUGAUAAUAUAUUCCGUAUCUCCUAAAGUCCUUCGAGUCCCCGUCAGCGACUUCAUGGACGUCGUCCAGCGCCUCACUGGGCUACACUCGGUCAACGAACAGCCUUCUGGAUCCGGAGCUGUUUCGCCGGCGGCGAAGCUGGCUUCGAUCGAAAAGACAAGCCCAUCAGAGAAGGAAAGAUUGCGGAGCGCCGGAAACGACGCGAUGAUUGAAUUGGAAGGCAUAGAUGUGGGGCAGUUCCCGGGAAUAUUAUCACCGACGCCGGCAAGUUUAGGGCCGAUACCACCGGAUUAUUUCUCACCGGUCGCAGAAACGCAGCCGUUUUGGCAUGACUUGAGCAUCCAAAGUUUCUUGUAAUUUCUCUUGCCACCCAUGAUCUUCUCUAUAAAGAUGGCUCAUACAAUACCACCAUUACGCGAUAUGCUACUUUAUUUGUCAUCGAACCCGCCUCUCAUG